GGUUAAUUACACGCUUAAAAUAGUCAGUUUUAAUAAGAUGAAGGGAUACAUAGCAUGUUUGUGUGUACUUUUCACAAACUUUAUACUUGUGAAAGGGGUUCGUUUAAAUCACAAGAAAUGUGGGAAUGGUUUUUUCAAUCCGGACCACGAAACAUGCUGUGAUGGUAUUAUCUCCAGCCCAGCCGGUUGGCCUUGUUGUGGAUUAGCAACAUACAAUGCCGCCCUUCAAGUAUGUUGUGACAACACGCCGUACCCCAAAAGCGCAGGAACUGCAUGUUGUAAGAAUAAGCCGUAUGACCCAUUAACUGAGACAUGUUGUGUUGAUACAUUAUAUCCAAAACCCGACGCCACAUGUUGCGACAAGAAGCUUAUAAAUCCAGAAACUGAAUUAUGUUGUAAUAAAAAAAUUGCCGAGAGGCCAACACCUUAUCACAAAUGUUGUGACAUUGAAACGUAUCACCCACUUUUAGAAACGUGUUGUGCAGACACCCUCCAUGCCCCUGGGGAUUUGUCGUGUUGUAAAAAUGAAGCUUAUGAUCCGAGCGAACACAGUUGUUGUAAUGGAGUCAUAAUUAGUCCUGGAGGACUGAAAUGUUGUGGUCCCAUUCCGUAUGAUCCAAACUUGCAAUCAUGCUGUUAUGGCAUAGUUCGAAAAAAAUCAGCAGAAGGAGGAAAACCAUGCUGCGGGGCGACAGAUUACAAUCCAGACACGCAUACUUGCUGCAAAGGAAUUUUGCAUACGGGAACAAAUUCAUCGUGUUGUGGCCAGAAAACAUAUGACCCCAAAUCUGAUUGUUGCAAAGGAAAGAACACAAACGGACUGGAUUGUUGCAUAGAUAAGGCGUACUCUAAAACCACUCAAACGUGCUGUGGUGGUAAUGUAUUUGAAGGACCUAAUUUGCAUUGUUGUGUGAAGAAGGCUUACGACCCAACAAAAGAAUGUUGCAAUGGGGUGAAUAAAAUAGGGCUUAUGUGCUGUGGUAAUAAAGCGUAUAGUAAUUUAGAAAGUUCCUGCUGCAAAGGUAUCGUUCAUCAGGGGCCUAAACUGUCUUGUUGUGGACAAGUUCCAUAUAACCCGAAGAUUGAAUGCUGCAAGAAUAAAUCGGCUUCAGGUCUUCCAUGUUGUGGAGAUAAACCAUACAAUGCUACACUGCAAACAUGUUGCCAUGGUAAUCUGAGUAGUCCUGCUGGAAAUGGAUGUUGUGGAAAGGAAGGUUACAAUAUAAAAGAAUCUUUAUGUUGCCAUGGACAAGUUGUGCCGAAGCAAGCGCAUGUUUUUGGUAUCUGUAUAGACAAAACAAAACUCCAAGGCAUGACACCUAAACCUGUAGGCCCUACACCAAAACCUAUAGCUACAGGCUUCACACCAAAACCUAAUAUCUUCCUGCCAAAACCUAUAGCUACAGCCUUCACACCAAAACCUAAUAUCUUCCUGCCAAAACCUAUAGCUACAGCCUACACACCAAAGGCUCCAGUCGUCAAACCAAUGAAUGUACGAAAUAGUUUUUCUGUUAGAAGUCAUAUUUUUAGGGCUCGUCCACAAGUGACCCGAUUAUAGUGGUGAUUUAUUUGUUAUUAAGAUUCAUGUAAAAAAAAAAAACAGAUAUCACAGGAACAGAUAUUUAUCAAGGUUAUUAUGAAAUGAAAAUAAAGGUUUUUUUAAAAUUUACAUAAUCAAACACUUAAGCCCACUAAAAACGAUAACAACAUUUCAUUUUCCAACAUGGAAUACAUCUUAUGUCUUUUUUAUACUCAUGUAGGCAUGUAACUUGCACUUUUCUGAUUAUCAAAAUUAUAUAAAAAAUGUUUCCCUGAUCUUUUGAAAAGUCACUUCAUGAUAUAUCUAUCAUUUUUCUUCUCCGGGUAUAGUAAAGCUUUAUUUUCAUUCUACCAAAAAAUAUAUAAUGAUUCAUUUAACAUGCUAUUUGAAUAAUAGUUCAUUAAUAGUAGUAAGUUUGAUUCAAUUUUGUAAAAAAUAGCUAGAAUAUUGCUGUUGAAUAUUAUAUGCUUGCAAGUGAAUAAUUAAAUCUUAUUUGAUUACUUAUUCAUGCGACCUUUAAUAUGGCUCGAAGCAGGAAAUGGGUUAUAUAAUUAUGUGAUUUGCAUGUUCAGUUUUUAGUAAGGAAAUACUGUCAACUUUGAUAAAUGAAACAAGGGUGCCACCAGGGAGAACCAUUACGUUUGCUGAUUUAGUCAGGAAAAGUCAUUUCUCAACUGCUAAAACGAUUAUUUACGACAUUUUUUAUUUUUGUGACAUAAAUAAACCAGACCUAGACAAUGUCUGACUGACUAUUUAUCUGUAUAUUGACGAGUAUAUCGGGUCAUAUGACUAUCGGCAGUCUUCGGAGGUUAUCUCGUUGUUGAAUUAGAUAAUAUACGCAAUACAUGCUGAUACAUUAUCAAGAAACAUUUUUUUUUUUAUUUCUUUUGAACUUUGUUUUAUUCGUAUAUACGUUGUAGUAUGUGAACUAUCUAAUUCAAUAAUUCGAGUAAAAUCAGCGAAAAUACAAAAAAUAAAUCUUUUUUUUUUUUUAUCUCACUCAAUAAGUACCGGCGGUGUUAGCUAAUAAAUAAAAGUUUUUUUCCUGUUAUGUUUCUUUCAAGCACUAAAAAGUGCAGUUCCUUAAAAGUUCAAAUUGAUUUUGGAUCAACAAAUUGCAUCACUGAAGAAACACAAAUAAUUUAAAAUAGAAAUCUUAAAAUUGUUUAAAAUUAAACAAUAAAGGCAUAUAUUUAAGGUGCCUUUAUAUAAUUCAUCCAUCCAAUUUUCAUAAAUCACGUAAAUAUAGUCAAUAGCAAUUUAACCCCGUGAAUAUAGUCAAUGAGAAAAAUAGAACACAAUAUUCAAACUUUAAUUCAUUAAAUAUUCUUUUUAGUUAUAUAAGGAUAAAAAGGCCCACGACGAUUAACUGUUUGACAUGUUGAUUAUAUACCUGCUAUUUGUUGAAGAAAUAAUUUUUGAGAAUACGUUACAAAAAUUAGUGUCUGAUACAUUUUCUAUUUUGAACAAUAAAAUAUGUUAAAACCAA